AUGAAAAAUUUCCCACUUAGAGCAAACUUUGAAAAAAUUGAAUUAGUUGAAUAUUUAAGCAUGGGAUGCGCAAUGAGUGAAGAAAAUUAUAUAUUUGAUUUUUCUAUUGGAUAGCGCAUUCAUAGAAAAACUGACCUUAUCUAACUGCUUAAGGUCAUCUAUAAAUUUAUAAAAUUAAGAACUUUAUAGUAGAACAAAAUGAAUUGA